GCAGCAGGCCGCCUCCCCUCAGCCGAGCAGCGCAUGUGCCCGCGGCCUUGGCUGGGGCCGAGACGGCGACGACGGCGACGGGGCCUCCGCCGCCCAUGGCCGGGACGCGCUGGGUGCUGGGCGCGCUGCUGCGGGGUUGCGGGUGCAGCUGCAGCAGCUGCCGCCAGACGGGCGCGGCCUGCCUCCCGCUGCGGCCCGCCGUCGCCUCCCUCGCCGCCGCCGCCGCCGGGCCGCUCGGCCUCUCCGGCCGCCGCCGCCUCCUGUCUCUGCUCGGGGCAGCCACGCAGAGCCGCGGCUUCGCCAGCCCCGCCGGGCCAGUGCCUGGCUUCGGCGCCCUGCAGGCCUCGCUGCUCCCGCCGGGCCUCGCGGGGAGGUGCUACGGCCAGGAGCCUGGCACCCCAUUUCAGGAUGAGUAUCCUCCCCUCGCAGAAUAUGAGCUGCCUCCGUCCAAGUCAAGCGAAGACGACGACGUGUAUCUGAUUCGAGCCCAGGGCUUGCCUUACUCCUGUACCGAGGAAGAUGUUCUCAACUUUUUUGCAGGCAGCAAAAUUCGAAAUGGCGUGCACGGCAUACAUUUCCUCUUAAACCGUGAUGGUAAACGCAGAGGAGAUGCUCUGGUGGAAUUAGAGUCGGAAGAGGAUGUGCAGAAUGCCUUGGAGAAGCACCGAAGGUAUCUGGGCCAGCGCUACGUGGAAGUUUUUGAAAUCCACAAUGAGGACGUUGAAGCCAUCAUGAAGAGCUUGCAGUCCAGUUCAGCUUCUGUGACCAAUGAUGGAGUUGUACGAUUGAGGGGCCUUCCGUAUAGUUGCGUGGAAGCCAACAUUUCUGAGUUCUUCUCAGGUUUGAGUAUAGUUGACAUAACGUUUGUCAUGGACCAGAGAGGAAGGAGGAAAACGGGAGAGGCGUUUGUACAGUUUGCCACACCUGAAAUGGCUAAUCAAGCUUUGUUGAAGCAUAAGGAAGAGAUUGGGAAUCGAUACAUAGAAAUAUUUCCAAGCCAGAGGAGUGAAGUUCGUACACACAAUGGUUUUUACCGGGGUAGGAAAAUGAUGGGCUAUCCGGCUAUGAAACAAGACCCGGAGUCAGUUUUUGAAGAAGCCGAGCUGUGCGAGGCCCUGAGACCUGCUGCAGCUUAUGAAAGUGACACAGAAAACGAAGUUUUUAAGCAAGCAUUUGAAAAGCCUCGGGAGCCAUCGGAAUCUGGGAGCUUCUCUUCGCUUCAUUUUGUUCACUUGAGGGGUCUGCCUUUUCAAGCAACCGCCCAAGAUAUUAUAAAUUUUUUUGCUCCCCUGAAACCGGUGAGAGUCACGAUGGAAUAUAAUUCAAGUGGGAAAGCGACAGGAGAAGCUGAUGUGCACUUUGAGACGCACGAGGAUGCAGUGGCAGCAAUGGCCAAGAACAGGUCUCACGUGCAGCAUAGAUACAUUGAAUUGUUCCUGAAUUCAUCACCAAGCCGAAAAAAUGGUUGCCAGUGACAAUAGCAUAAUUCCCAAAGUUUAGGAUAAAUAUGCAUUUCAUUUGCACACUUUCCUAGCGCUGGAAUGCAGGAGUUCCUGUAACUAGCAAGGAUUAAAGAAAAAAAAAAUCUAAAGGACACUUUUUUUUCUGAAUUGCCUUUCAAAGAAAAACCAGCAGCUGCACCUGAAACCCGACAACUUAUUUGUGCAUAAUUUGUUGUAUGUAAAAAAACCAAAAUUAAACAUUGAAGUGUCCAUCAAUAAACUUCUUCUAUAGGAUGUGCCCUGGUAGGGUUGGGGGGGCCAAGCUGAGAUCUGUGGCUGUAGCCUGGUUGCCCUGUUCUGAAAUAUGGCUGGCGCAGAUGUAAUACUGCCAAUAGUUUAAUUUUGACUAAGCAGGUGGAAACAUUGUAGUUUCAGAGCCUAAGGGGGGGGGGGGGGUGAACACACGACAGGUCAGUUGGGGUGUGUGGGGGGGUACCUUCUUCCCAUGACCUUCUGAUUUGCUUUGUGGUGUGGCAAUUGGCAGAGUUACAACAGUAUCAGCCCAUUACAUGGAACAAUACCAGGAAUGCUCGAGUCUAAUGAUUUUCAGUAGGUGCUCUGUGGUUCACCGCAGAGGUGGAAAAGGGAAGACUUGCGGGGAGGGCUGUGUGGCAUGCACAAAGGAACGUGCUCCCGAGCCGUUCCUUUUAUUUAUCAGGAAAGCUGACUUGUACUGUGCUCCUUAUUUGAGUGCAUGUGGGGUGUGGUCCGGUUUAAAAUUGGGGUGUGUGAAUAAAAUUAAGUGUUGUGUUCUGGCUGGAAAUAAAAAGUACUUUAGAAAAGCUGCUGAUUCUCCGGAAGGCCUUUUUUGAGGGUUUGUAAGCGAACGCCCUUCUUUAAAUGUUCAUGUAGGUCAAGUUUUAGUCAGAUUGACUUCCGUGGUAAAAACAUAUUUGCUUUCAGCUUUUUUUUUUCUAAGUAGGCUAAAUUUUGUUGUCCGGAUGAUUAUUUCCUCCUUUGAAAACAUGGGUGAUGCUGCCGCGGUUCAGGUGGCAAACGUUUGAAUCUGCCAUUACGUUAAGUAGUUCUGCUCCUGAGGAAAGAGUUUUGAAGUAUGAAGAAUGCCUGCAAUUGUGUACAUGGAAGCAAAUCCCAUACGGGAUUUUGCGUGUGUGCAUAUAGUGGCUACCGCAUGUAUAUAAAUGACUUAGAAUAUCAGAGGUUGACCCACUUGUGAAACCUUGGAAUAAGCAAAACCGUUUGUUAAAAGGUUAGUCAGAUCUGUGAUAAAGUCUGCCGUUUGGUUUUAGCCCCUUUUCUCAUUUUUCCUCUGCUAAACGCUAUGUAUUUUACAGAACCUUUUCUAAACCGCCCAGUUUCAUGUGGCUUGUUACUAUGUGUAUUCCCGUGUUGUUAGUAGUGGCCAGUCUAUACUAUGGAUGAAGUCUCAAAUUGCUGCUGGCAGAUAUUAACUAUUGCUGAUUAGUUUCACCUGUCCAGUCAUAAAUGUAUGAAUAUAAUAAAUGAAAGCUUUUUUUCCUUCA